AUGGCCCCCACCGCGCCGCAGCAACACUCCGGCAACAAGCGCCUGACAGCGCGCCAAAAGGCCCGCGCGCGCCUGGCCGACCCCCUGCUGCCGCGCAAGCUGCACCGCGAGAACAACGUGGUGGUCGACAGCUUCAUCAACUCGAAGCGCGACAAGCGGCUGAUCAAGCACUCGGCCUUCGUGUCGCGCAUCACCAAGGCCUCCUCGAAACCCUCAUCCUCAUCCACCGGCAAGAAGCGCCGGCGCCCGAGCAAGAAGCUCGUCACGACGCUCGAGUCGCUCGGCGACGCGCUCGAGGACAUCCGGCAGGCGAUGGAGGAGGGCAAGGACGGCGGCGGCGACCCGCAGCGGGCGCCGAUGGACGCGGAGCAGGCGCGGCAGGGCAAGGUGCGGCACAGGAGCCUGAAGACGCGGCCCGGGGCGCUGAAGCGGAAGGAGAGGCUCGUGAAGGGGGAGAUGGAGCGGUUCGGGCGGAACCUGGCGCAGCUGGCGAAUAUCGCGACCGUUUCUUCUGCCUCUGCUUCUUCUUCUUCUUCUUCAGCUGCUACUGCUGGUGGUAGUGGUGAUGGUGGUUCAGGUGGAGCGGCGGCGGAUGGGGGGCGGGAGAAGAUGGACAUAGAAGGGGACGGGGUAGCGCAGACAGAGGCACAGUCACAGUCACAGGCACCAGCACAGUCAUCAGGGACGUCGAGCCGGUGGGCGGCGCUCAGGAGCUUCAUCUCGACGACGAUGGAACAAAAUCCUGCUUUCUUAGGCAAGACAUGA